CUUGUAUUAAACUACAAUAGUCUACAAACAAUUUGUGCACUCUACUCUAGAGAAUAGGUGUUGGAAACAUCACAUUCAGGGCAGUCUAUCCAGCAGGAACUUGACAUACACAAGCUGUUUUAUGGAUCAGGUGUAAAUGAUUAGGAGCGCUAGGAGUGGGUUGGGAGCUCUUCUCUUCUAGCUCUACAACGGUAAAAAUAAGCUGCUGAGUCAAACAGGCCACCUGACGCGCGGACUCAACCUCUGAAUUGUCAUCAACGCUGUGUUUAUCCCUUUCAGACCGAAUUCGGUGACGGACUGAAAGGUUCCCGAAGUGGAGACAAAGGUGAUCUCCUCGGAAAGCAACGGACAGUUUAGAAAUCGGCACGAGACUACAACGAAGGGCGAGAAGGAUGUUCUAUUCACGCCGUCGUCUCAUUCUGUAGAUAGACAGAGAAAAGGACCCCUUUGGUAUCAAGCUUCUCUCUCUACCAUUCGGUGGUUCGGGGGGCGACAGAGACUGUUAGAUUCUCUGACACUGGGAGUGAAAACAACGUGACAUUGCGAAGGAAAAACCUGCCUGUUCCCUGCUUUUAGUGGCCCAUCCCUCCCCCUCCGGGUCAUCGAUGGCCAGACAGCGUAUACGGUGAGACGCCUCCUGAGGGUUCGACCACGAGGCAGCGGUUUCCAAUACCUGGUUGAUUUGGAGGGUUUGGCCCGGAGGAGAGGUGCUGGGUCCCUUCUAAAGACAUCCUGGACCCGGCCCUCAUCGCUGAUUUUCACCGCCGACAUCCCGGUCAGCCAGGUACAGCUUUAAUGAGGAGUCAGACCUAACAACACUGCUGAAGAGGGGGUCCCACAUGAACAAGUAUGGGGUCGCCAUGGAAACCUCUUCUCCUGCUGUCCAUCAUCAGUGGCCUUUCAGAUUUUUCCAAAACUUUAGCAUGGAGGCAAGUAUCAUACGCAGCAGUGUUGAGAAUGAAACCGGACAGCUCGUCGUCACUGCUAAGUUCACGGCCACAGCUUCGACACGGACAUGACCACGGUGUAGGGAUUUUGACUCCUGACUGGCCGGCAUCUUUCUCCAACCAUCACCUGUCUGCCCUCAGUCUGCUCAGCUCCCAGGAGGAAUACAGUAGCCAAGAGAGUGAAGAGUUUGGGCCAGUGUUUGUCCAGGAACCAGAUGACGCCAUCUUUCCGUUGCACUCUGAGGAGAAGAAAGUGAUGAUGAGCUGUGAAGCCAGAGGCAACCCUGCACCUGUAUACAGUUGGUUUAUCAAUGGCACAGAAGUGGAUAUUGAGGCAGUUUACCGUUACAGCUUGAUCGACGGCAACUUGAUAAUAACCAAUGCCAGCGAGACAGCAGACUAUGGGAGAUACCAGUGUAAGGCAGAGAACAGCUACGGGACGGUCCUGAGUCGGGAUGCACUGCUACAGUUUACCUAUCUGGGGUCCUUCAGUGGGAGGACGAGAGGAGGCGUGUCUGUAAGGGAAGGACAAGGAGUGGUGCUCAUGUGUACUCCACCCCCUCAUUCACCAGAGAUUAUCUACACCUGGGUUUUCAACGAGUUCCCGUCAUUUGUUGCCGAGGACAGCCGGCGGUUUAUCUCACAGGUAACGGGCAACCUGUAUGUCUCCAAGGUGCAGCCUAGCGACGUGGGCAGCUACAUCUGUCUGGUGAAGAACACGGUGACCAACGCCAGGGUCCUCAGCCCGCCCACUCCACUCACACUCAGAACAGAUGCUCGAGACUGGUGGGAUGUGGCACGUCUCACCACUACCUCCUGGGCUGACUUUGAGGCCAAGUUUUCCUCUGCAUUUCUGUCUGAGGACUACACAGAUGAGCUGGCAGACAGAGUCAGGAAUCGAGUGCAAAGCGAGAAAGAGAGUAUCCGUGACUUUGCAUACGGUUACCACUCCCUGUGCAGAAGGUGGAAACCUGGCAUUGAGGAGGAAGAGGUCAUUAAAUUGAUCUUGAAGAACAUCAACCCACUACUAGCCAGUCAACUCCGAGAACGAGUCACCACUGUCAAUGGACUGGCUGUGAGAAGAGCUCAGCUGGAACAGCCAGAGGAGUUAAGGCUGUUGGAACAGCUGCAGAAUAAUGCUGAUGUUGAGAUGGACCAGGAAAGCAAGGACAAGACUGCUUUUGUCUGUGCUGAGGGCUUGUUUUCCUUUAAGGUGAUGCCCUUUGGAUUAAAGAAUGCCCCUGCCACUUUCCAAAGACUCAUGGAGAUUGCGUUAGGUGAGCUCAAAGGGAAGAUCUGUUUCGUCUACCUGACGAUAUAA